AUGAGCGGCGCAAAUACUCGCGAAACUUUGCCUUACGAAGGUGGAGCACUCCCAGCUCCAAGAGCUCCACAUCGCGAGCAGCGCAGCCACCUGGGCCUGUCCGUACUCAAUCCCAGUGAUCAUGGUUGGCACGUACCGCGGUUUGCCGCCACGUUUUCGUCGGCACCGGACCGGUUCUGCUUCGCUCGGAUGGAUUCACCUCAUGGCUCAGGCAGACGCGGCUGCCGCCUGCGUUUCCUCACUUGCUCGUUGUCGCCGGGCAUCUUGUGUUCAAUUGCGGCCAUUCGAUCGGGCGAGACGCCGGCGGCUGCGGACCAGUAG